AUCGGAGCCACUAUAAUCCCACACAGGUCAUUCUAUCGCCAUCCACACCAUUACUUCCUGUUGUUCUACACCGGAAGUGGACGCCAUGCUGGCACCACCGCCAACGUGUACUGCGUCAUUCAUGGCAAACAAAAGAAAACUAARCCCAUAGUGCUUCGCGAUCCCGARCGACUGCUUUUCCAGUCAGGAACCACGACCUCAUUUUUAUUGACCCUGAACAAAUCCCUWGAUCAAAUAACCAAGCUUCACUUAUGGCACGACAUCRGUGGACCCAAACCUUCGUGGUUUCUUGAAAAAGUUGUAGUCUGUCACUUAAAUACUGGUCUGCUGUGGCAUUUCGAGGCUCACCGCUGGCUUGAUGUAUCCGAGGAUGACGGCUCAGUCGAGUGUGUUUUUAUACGCGGUCCCGAGGUGUCUGUUACCAUGGUAACAGUACUGGUUGUUACAGUCGCAGUAGAUUCAAAAAAAGAUGGUGAUGUUUUCCCCAGCACGAAGAUCAUUCUUGGUCCAAUGGCUUUUAAACUGAGUGACAUUAUUUGGGGAGUUAUCUGCAGUGUUAUUCCAUUCUUCUUGCGUCUUCUUCUCGAGCUUCUCUUUACUUACUCAGAGAGUAAAUUCAGGCAGCUCCCGCCGGACGAGAGAGAUGUAAAAGCACACAUUGAYUGGUGCCUGAAUAAAGCUAACGAGAUAACAUUUCUUGAUGGGCAAUCCAACACGUUCGACGGUGAAAAGGAAAACAAUGACGAACUAGAAAACGCAAAGGAAGAAAAUGAAGCACAAAUAAAAGAAAAUGAAAGUGAAUUGAGUCAUAGGAUGAGARAAGRUAGUCUACAAAGUGAAAGUGAGUGGGAKUACUUGGCGGAGUCAUGGUCUGAAGUYUCCUUACGCAAUAUUGGUKUAGAUUUAACCGAUCACGACUGUGGUUCCGAAAAUCAAAAUGAAAAYGAGAGAGYGGAAACAGAUUUGCACGSUGUUACGAAUCCUGAUUCUACUCUCGAUGGAAAUUCUGACACAACGAUAAACAAAGGCACUGWGAUCGAGAAUCAAGGUGAAGUCAAAGAAAAUAUUUYYCCCUCGAUGCCAAACGAAGAUGGCAGCCCAAUCAUUCAACAAGCUGAAAAUGAAWUAUCAACAACACWRRAUACAGAAUAYGAGAAUCKAGAUGACAUCCACUUGAUAAAAGAGARAGAUUUUMUUGCRAUACCCAGUGACACAUGCCAAACUACUGCUGAAUCAAAUGCUCARUCACCAGAAAAUGUACRACAAAAGAACAGUCWCGAAMMUAYGACAGRGAAUGGAGAAUGUGUGAAGGAWGUUUUKGGGGAMAGUGAAUGCUCGUUUGAAGAUGGAAGGAUGUCAACUUCGAGUAAAAAGAUGGAAAAYGACGRAAAUGAUGGCRGAAUWACCGAUCAAGUGAACUUUGCUUAUACCAACUCCUUGAGAAACACUGAUAAAGUUCCCAAACUCUGGAAAAUGAUUCCCUUGCCUGGYUUUCUUAUCGACCCAAACAGCAUCAAAAUAAGAAACGAGGAAAACACGCUUAAACUUUCUAUCARGUUUUUUUACCUGGCUUUGUUUGUUUGUUUAGCGYUGUCRYUAGCAUCUUCURUCGUCACUAUYAAAUCCGGCCUUUCCWGGUCCAGUCAGACCACGGUAUCCUGGUUAAUGACGGUAAUAUUCGCACUCGUCUUUCAAAUAUCAAUAGCAGARAGUUUCUACGUGUUUUUCCAGGCGAUAUACUUCGGUGUYUACCUUCAAAGACCRWUCGAGGAGAAUGACGUCAUCAAYGAGCAAAAAAACAAGGUUUGGGCUAAGGAGGAAGAUGACGUCAGAUACUACGUGGAUGAUUUGGAUGACRUARGYUCUUCGGUUCCMAUGCCACCUAGUGCUCAGGAGGUUAAAAAAGCGCGGAAAAAAGCAGGGCAAGAUCGCCAGCUUGAGGAAGUCYUGAUGAUGGUSGCGUUUGAYGUCAUAUUUUUGUUGCAACUCGUUAUUAUAUCAUUUGGGAAUAGAGAUGCCUAUUCUUAUCCAAGUAGGAUUGUAGUGGAAACCAACUACAAUAUCUCCAACUAUACCAGCAUCCAGAAUGCUAACAACUUUUGGGGCUGGAUCAAGACCCACCUUGUAACAGGCUUGUAUUACGAAGGAAAUUUCAAGCAAGCAGGCUCCCGCCAAACGAGGGAUGGAUAUGGAACUUUAUUGGGUGUCCCAAUCCUAAGACAGCAGCGAGUCAAACCAAACGGUACAUGUACAUUAAACGAAUACAGCAGUCCCUACUUUCCGCAAUGCAACGUUCCAGUACCAAGUGUUGAACACUACGAUGAAAAAGACUACAGCCCCGGGUGGAAGUAUGAAGCUGCCCGUGACUUMAUCACCCAGUCACCAUGGAUACAUAAGAAAGGCAGCCAAUCAAACACAGACUACACAAUGUACGCGAGGAUUAACUCCUACGAAGCGGGAGGUUACAUAGCGUCGCUAGGUUACAACAAAUCCUCGGCUUUGAAAAUGCUGAAUGAGUUGCAACAAUUGAACUGGAUAGAUCGUUUCACUCGGGUGGUUUUUAUAGAGUUCGCUUCCUAUAACGGAAAUAUCAAUAUUUUAUCCGACGUAGCGUUUGCGGUUGAGUUUACGGCCUUUGGGGGCGCGUUCCCGAGAUUUGACCACUUUUCGUUCCGUCUCUAUCGGUACUUCACCCCUUUACAACUAAUAUACCUCGUCUGUGAGGUCAUUUUCAUCGUAUUUAUCGUCCAACUUAUAUACAAAGUCUCCUGUGAAAUCUACGAAUACAGACUCGCUUACUUUGCCUCAUUUUGGAAUAUGACGGACGUGGUUCUUGUCGUCGCUUCUCUCGUGACUAUAGGCCUCUACGGCGCACGCGCAAUACAACUUCAGAACGGAAUCAAGGCCAUACAAGAAAAUCCUACACUUUUCUAUGGGUUCUACCCCAUCGCUCUCUACGACAACCUCGUUGCUUUUAUUUCUUGUAUAGUCGUUAUAGUACCAACUCUCCAGUUCCUCAAGUUUAUGAAAUUUAACAAAAAUUUUAUGAUCUUCGAUUUGACCCUGAAAAUUCUGAUUCCUGACCUUAAGGGUUUUGUUUUGAUUUUCAUGAUCAGCUUACUCGGGUUCUCCUUCUGGGCCUUCCACAUGCUGGGAACUGAACAGGAACCGUACAGCACCUUUAUAGGAGCCUUCAACAGUAUUCUCUCUAUGUUAUUAGGGAAGUUCAGCUUUAGGGUGUUUGCGCCUGGCGAGUCCCAAGAUUUUGGGCCACUUUUCACCUACGCUUUUACCUUGGUCAAUGUAUUUGUUAUCAUGACUAUAAUCUUGUGUAUAAUAACCAUCGCGUUCACCAAAGCCAGGCAGGAUAAAUCGAUCAAGAAUAAGUACGAAAUAGUGAAGUUUAUAGUGUAUAGAGUCAAGGAUAUUCUUGGGUUAAAUCCUCCGUAUAUCCCUCCGAAACCAGUCAUCAAACCUACUCCUGUUGACUUUAGCCAAUUGCAGCUUGAACUCAAUACCCAAUACAUCAUGGAAAGUCAAAUGUCUAGGAUUCAGAGGUUCGCUAACGUGGUGUACAGCGAGGAGACCAUCGAUGACGUUGAGAUUGUUGAAAGAAUUUUGGGGUUGGACAAUGGCGCAGAAUACUUAAAAACCAUAAUACGGAAGAGAAAAGAAGAGCAACAAGUGUUGAUGGAAGGACAUCACCCAACAAUCGUCCCACACGAAGACCAGGGAAGUGAAGAACCAAAAGAAACAGCCAAUCACGGCCAAGACAGGCGCCUUUCUACCCUUAGUAUUGAAAACGAGUGUUCACAGGAUUUUAUAGCCUGAUUAUCGUAUCUUUGCGAGGUGUCAGGAGUCCCUUUUUAUUCUGUAUUCGUACUACUCUAACUACUUAUUUAAUAUAAUGUUAUCAACUUAGUACAGUAGAACCUCAACUAGCCUCGUCCCAAGGCUACUCCUUCAGCUCUCCCAAAUCCAAAAUAGCGGACGCUUUAGAGCAGUAGCCUGGGACGAGGCUAAACCUUACCUAUUAAGCGGCCAGUGCAAAGUCCCAAAGUGGGGUUUUACAGUAAUUUAUACCUCAAUAGCGCAGCGAACAGAUUCUAAAAAUACCUUCAAGACUUUGACAAAUAAUAAUUAAUAAUUAAAUAAUUUAUAAUAAUUUAAUACUUAUAUUGCGCGUGUUACAUGGGAAGAUGGUCACAUGCGCAUCACAAACUGMAAUAGAAAUAUAAAAAUAUAAAUCAUGAUCUAAACAUACCAUGUAGACCCGUUGCAUCAGCCUCAAAGCAGCGCAACCAGGGCCGGGUUGUUCAAAGCUGGAUUAGCGCUAAUCCAGGAUUAACUCUAUAGGUCUUAUUAAGAGUUAACCCAGGAUUAGCACUAAUCGGGCUUUGAACAACUGGGCCCUGGAGGGCAAGCAACGAACAUUGCAUGUCAUUUAACCGUGUCGAGUGUUAUACGAAAAGUUAGAAUACUAACCGAAUUAAACAAAGAUCUACUCCGAUCUUCUAUGAAAAUUA